GGCACGUAACUGUCGCACUAUUUGAAAGGAUAAGGAACGAAGAAAGUGUUAAAUUUCGUUCUUACAACACUAGUUGUAAUAGCACACUUAGCAGCUGACGCAUUUCCAUAAUAAUUCAGCUCCUUCUUAUUUGCAGCCGUUAUUUCGAUAUUCCGGUGCACAAAAAAUGAGUCAUGGCUGGAGCUGCAAGAUUGUCUACACUCAUUCUUGACGUUGCGUCCGCAGCGUCUCCGGGUGAUGAUGGUGCUUUGAGACACCUCAUUGACGAUUGGGCAACGACUAGAUCGUCGAUGAAAACCUCGUUUUUGCCUUCUUGGCAUGAGACCCCAACAUCAAGUGGCAACGUUACUAGUCUUGUUGAUGCGGGGACGCUAGUUCGCAGCAGCUUUUUUCAGCUAUUCCGCGAUUUUGUUGCUGCCGCGUUGCAUGCGCUCCCUGGAGGAGUAGAGGCAGGUGCAGGAGGUUCGACGACGUUUGGGUCUUUUGCUCACCAUCGUGGUGAAAUCAUGUUGAGUAAGAAGAUAAAGUCUCGAGGACUUCCAGUUCGAACAGCGUUUUGCAGCAUCCGUGACUAUGCUUUGCCGUGUCCAACGAGUUGGUGCUUAGCGAAGGACAAGAGCUGCGUUGCGCCGAUCAAUUGGAAGGGGGUCUGCCCGACGCGUGAUUACGACUUACCGAAGAUGUCUGCGGCCGACAAGGAAGCCCACGCGCGGAUCUGCGACACACCCUAUCCUUGUGCCAACGAUCAACAGGCGCAUCUUCGGGCCAACGUCUACUGCGACGACGUGGACCUGAACAAAGAUGAGGUCGUCUCAGAAUUUCCACCCGAAGGAAAUCCCGACUAUCUCUAUGCCAAGCGGAACGGAACUGAAAGCGAAACAGCAGGACGAGGAGGCAUUAACGGAGCAAACGGGGCAUCGGCUGGAGGUGGCACUGCGUCGCCUUUCGGCAAGAAAUUCCGGCGAAAAGACGUAAUCAUUACAAUCGGUCCAAAGUCCGACCUUCCCUUUGAAAAGCUGGAAGAGGGACCACUCGUUUCCCCCGUCGCUCUACCUGGAAAGCUGAGGAAAAAUGAUGCUGCUGCAGCAAAUGAAAUUAUGAAUCAGGUUGUAAUUGCUGUAAAAGUAAUUGACUUUGACAUCACUCACAUUUUCAUCUACCAGCUCAAGGAGCGUAAGAGGAGGUAGGCCUAAGAUAAUCUUGAUUGUUGUUCCUCUUACGGUUGUGUUGCUCUAUUUCUUCGAUGUCAGAACAAGGAACUUUCACCUGAGCAUAGGAACGGUCCAACUUCUACCUCUAAUGUCUGUAUUUUCCGGAUCGAGACGUUCUUCGGUCCAGAUGGUUCCUUGGUGAAAAAACGGGUUUUCACAGACGAAUUCAAAGCGAAGCAUCCGGAAAUAGCGAAAUUUGAGCUCCUCCACGAACGCCAGAUGUUGGAGUCAGACGAAGGAAAGCUUUCUGCUGCUAGUCGGAGCGACAUUCUCGCAGCGCACGAUCACAUGCGACCUAAACUGCCUCUUUCUUUGGAAGGCGCAAAAGCAGGUUUGUCACAAGAGGAGCUAGCGGCACAGGGAAUUUCUCGGCAAACCAGAGAUCGAGAAAAGGGUUAUUUACGACCGACAGAUAGAUGUUUAUCUUGGUUCCAGUAUCUAUUUCAGCUGAGUGUGAGUUCUAAUCUAAUAUCAUGAGAGAUAAGAAGGCUUAUAAAUAUAAGAUAUCUGAUAUUCAUCUACUACGUUGGCGGUCACAUCUUAGUAGUUCUAAUGCACGCCGGCGCAAUUUGCACAGAGCCGGGCGACAGGCGGUGUGCAGAUGCCCAAGAGCCUCCAGGACCGACCUCGAGCGACAAGGGCAGUGUCGGUGACGUUGCGGCUCACGGUGUUGGUGGUGAUGUGGAUGAAACGCUUGGAGAACAGUUGCCAGCUGUAGUUGGAACACAGAAAAGUUCGUCCAGUGUGGAACGCUAUAGUUUGGAACAACUAGGUGUGCCUGAAGCAGAGCGCCGUGGCUUCGAAGAAGCGGCAACGGAUCCGGAACUCCGACGAAUGCAACUCGAGGAGGCAGGACCGCCUGCGGAUGAAAUCUAUCAGUCAGAUGCGUGAUGAGCAACAACUUUUUUGGUGAGGCUAUUGUCAGAUAAUUUAAGAUACAGAUUAAUAUAGUUAUAC